UCGUAGAUUGACUCAAUAAUAGGUCAGACGGAUUUUACUUCAAAGUAAUACACCUCAACAAUAUCGACUGAGCUUUUUUUAAUUUUUCAGCAGUGCAAUCGCGAGUAGUUCUUCGGAAGUGGAUUUUUCCACGAUCAUUACUACGAAUUACCACUAUCUUUGAUCUAUGAACAAAAAUCGCAAUACAAUUGUAAAAAUUUUCGAUUGCACGCAAGUGACAAUUUAACUAGUCUAUUUGUUUAAAGUACUCUGUUUAGAAUCGAGAAAAGCCGGUUACAUACGUUUAUAAAUUAGUGUAAAUCUUUCACAGUACCCUAAUCUGUAUCAAAGUGUUUAGACAAAAAUGACUGCUUUUGAAGAAAUGGGUGUUUUGCCAGAAAUAGGAAAGGCAGUCGAUGAUAUGGAUUGGACACUGCCAACGGAUGUUCAAGCCGAAGCUAUUCCACUGAUUUUGGGUGGUGGAGAUGUACUCAUGGCUGCAGAAACUGGCAGUGGAAAGACUGGUGCUUUUUGCCUGCCUAUUUUGCAAACAGUCUGGGAAACUCUUAAAGAUUUAGAAUCUGGUAAAGGAGGUGGAGCAGGAAGUGGAGCUCAGCAGUCCACACAUUGGGCAUUAAGCCUGUUUGAUAGAGGACAAGCUUUGGCAGUGACACCAGAUGGCUUAAGAUGUCAGAGCAGAGAACAGAAGGAAUGGCAUGGUUGUCGUGCAAACAAAGGGGUGACAGGGAGUGGCAAGUACUUUUUUGAGACCAUAGUGACCGAUGAGGGUUUAUGCAGAAUAGGCUGGUCUACAUCUCAGGCUUCUUUGGAUCUGGGAACAGAUAAGUUCGGUUAUGGAUACGGCGGUACUGGAAAGAAAUCGAAUGCGAAGCAAUUUCAAAAUUAUGGAGAGGCUUUUGGGAUGCAUGAUGUAAUCGGAUGCUUCCUUGAUUUGGUGAAGGGUGAAAUAAAGUUCACCAAGAACGGCGUGGACUUGGGUAUCGCGUUCACGUUGAACGAGCAGCAAAAAUCGCAGAUUUAUUAUCCAGCUGUUGUGCUGAAGAAUGCCGAAAUGUCCUUCAACUUUGGAGCACAGCCUUUUAAACAUUCACCUUCAAACGACUACGUGGCCAUAUCGUCGGCGCCGAAAGAAUCCGUCAAGCAUAAUCCUGUUAACAGUAGCCAAACUCAAACGAGCGGAAGCGAUAAACCGAAGACUAACGCGCCCCAAGCGAUCAUCAUAGAGCCCUCUCGUGAAUUGGCUGAGCAAACUUACAAUCAAAUACAGAAGUUUAAAACGCACUUGAAAGAUCCGACGAUUAGAGAAUUGCUCGUUAUCGGUGGCGUCAACGUAAGAGAUCAAAUUGCUGUCUUGAACUCUGGUGUGGACAUAGUAGUUGGCACUCCCGGCCGACUAGAGGAUCUUAUACAAGGAGGUUAUCUGUUGUUAACGCAUUGCAGAUUCUUCGUGCUGGACGAAGCUGACGGGCUGUUGAAAGGAGGAUAUACCGAACUCAUUGAUCGUCUGCACAAACAAAUCCCGAAGAUCACGUCAGACGGCAAAAGGUUGCAGAUGAUCGUGUGCUCGGCAACGUUGCACGCGUUCGAAGUGAAAAAAAUGGCUGAACGUCUGAUGCAUUUCCCAACUUGGGUGGACUUGAAAGGCGAGGAUGCGGUGCCCGAGACGGUGCAUCACGUUGUGGUGUCGGUGGACCCGCAGAAAGAUAAGUCAUGGUAUAAUCUGAGAAAUUACGUAGAAACCGACGGUGUACACGCAAGAGACAACGUGAGACCCGGGAACAUCACUGCCGAGACAUUAUCGGAAGCCGUCAAGAUAUUGAAGGGCGAAUACUGUAUUCGCGCUAUCAAGGAGCACAAAAUGGACCGAGCGUUGUUGUUCUGCAGAACGAAACUCGACUGCGACAAUCUGGAGCGAUACCUCAAGCAAUCCGGACAGCAGUUUUCGUGCGUGUGUUUGCACGGCGACAGGAAGCCCGCGGAGCGCAAGCAAAAUCUGGAGAAGUUCAAGCGUCAGGAAGUGAAGUUCCUCAUUUGCACCGACGUGGCAGCCAGAGGAUUAGAUAUCACCGGACUACCAUUCAUGAUAAACAUAACUCUACCCGACGAGAAGUCCAAUUAUGUGCAUCGCAUCGGAAGAGUCGGCAGAGCUGAGAGAAUGGGUCUAGCUAUUUCUUUGGUCAGUAGCGUGCCAGAGAAGGUUUGGUAUCACGGUGAAUGGUGCUCUUCUCGCGGCAGAAACUGUCAGAAUACUAAUUUGACCGAUCAAGGUGGCUGUUGCACGUGGUACAAUGAGCCUAACUAUUUGGCGGACAUCGAGGAUCAUCUGAAUGUGACGAUUCAACAAGUCGGGAUGGACAUAAAAGUACCGCUGAACGAGUUCGACGGAAAAGUUACAUAUGGUGAAAAGAGAGCGGCAAUGGGUUCUAAUUACGUGAAUCAUGUCCAACAAAUGGCCCCGAUCGUGGCCGAAUUGGCCGCGCUGGAAUCCAAAGCACAACUCGCGUUCUUAAAGACGCACAUAGCUGAGCGUUAAAACCGGCAUGUCAGUUUCUUUGGUAGCUUGGUGCCCUAUUCAAGUCGUGAUAUAAUGAAUAUUAUGAGAAUUAAUAUUACUUUUUAUAUUGUAAUGUUCUCAUUACUGCUUUCUCUCUUGUAUUUAUGAACACUUCUGAAAUCGUUUUGCAUCUGUAUAAAAUUGUGGUGUUGAGCUCGCGCAUUUUACGCAAGAAUAUAAGUGUAACAAUACGGAAAACAAACUGUGUAUCUUUAUGUGACACGUUAAAAUGAUAUCCGGUAAAAUGUACGGCCUAUAAAAAUAAGACUCAGCAGCCGACUGCCACAAAGGCGUCUGCUAUUUAUAUAAGACAUACGAUAAGUGUUUAUUGUGUCACUAUAAUUCUCAUAAUUGUAUCAUUACUAAUUUUCGUUACACAAACGUAUGAUACAGCGGCUCUUGUAGCAUUGAACUUGUGAUUUCUUUAUAUAUAUGUAUGUUUAUGUAUGUAUGUAUGUAUGUAUGUGCGUGUAUGCAUAUAUACAUGUAUGUAUGCACAUGUCCGUUUUUUCUUUUCUGUACUCAUAUAUAAUAUGUGUAUGUAUAUAUUUAUAUAUACACUUAGAAUUUACUAAAUGACUUCUGUUUAAUUACACAUAAUAAUUUAUA